CAGAAGUGCGUUAUGUGACACAUCGUGCAUGUUACAGCAGGUUCGAAAUAUUGUAUAACUAAUUAUUUCUAACCACACUGCAUUAAUAUCCGAAAAAAUGUUGAUAUCCAAAUAUUAUAACGAAUUCCCGUUAUAUACCUCAUUUUCGUUCCUUGCUGGACUCAUAGCCGCAUCUCAAUCCGCAGCCGGAAGCGACGGUAACUAUGCACUGCAUCGCAAUGACACGAACAUUUCAAACGCUACCCGCACUAUAGAGGUAGUACCAACAUCCGGGACAGGUAAGAUAGUGGAAAAGCGCGGAUUCAAGAAAAAGCCGAUUUACUCGCACCGCUCAAAAAAACCGGAAACCACCAGCGCCAUCAGUAGUAUUUUUGAUGACAAAACAGUACUGGCCGCCUAUCUCGAUUACAUACGUGGAGGGAACUGUGGUCAUCGCCGGCACCACGGCAACGGUGCAACCAUCGAAGAAUGCUACGAAAUGCUGUGCAACCAACCCCUGCCCACCACAACGGAAGCCCCGGCGCCUACACCAGCGCCCGCACCAGCACCGGCGCCUGCGCCAGCUCCCUCUUCAAAAUGGGACUACAAGGAAAUUAAAACAAAAGUACUGAAGACCAAAGAGAUCCACAUCGGCCAAUGGAUUAUCCGCGAUGAACUGUUCGAAGACGAGCACUAUCUCGUCUUUCGCGACUCCACUGGCGACGAUGACCGUUUCGCCCUGAAAGAAGGCAUGGGCAAUUCCGCCACGCUGGACGUCAACGGGAAACUGCACGUCAGUGCGCUGGCGGUCGGCGAUGACAACUGGGUGAUCUACCAGGAUGGCAACUAUCUGGUGGUCCUGGAUCAAGCCAGCGGGGGCGUUAAGCGGUUCGCCAUUCAGAAGGGCACCGGCAACCCGGUGUACGUCAAUCCCAACGGACAAGUCGAAGCGGACGAGCUCGUCAUUCACGACGGCUGGUCGCUGCACCAGGAAACCUAUCCAUCACCCGGAGGUACUCAGUACUUUGUCAUUCGGGACACGAUUACCAGUCCCACGCCGGAUAGUCGCUGGGCGUACCAGAGAGGAACGUCAAAAGACGCAUGAUUGUCUAAAGCUGCUGGUUUCGUUUGUGUCGUUAUAAUAGCUGACAGAGUGCUGGGUGCUUUUUUAUUGCCGUUUUCAGUUAUUUUCUCGUGUAAAUUAAUAGAUCAUACAUAAUGUAAUCAUAUUAAUUCUGUUAUCGAAUAAACUAUGCUUUCAAUCAAAUGUGCGCAUUUUAACGAGAGAAUAAUUCAUCUUAUUGCAUGUUCUAUCAGCACUAAACUU